AUGCUGUGCGAUGCUGUGCUGUGCGAUGCUGUGCUGUGUGAUGCUGUGCUGUGCGAUGCUGUGCUGUGCGAUGCUGUGCUGUGUGAUGCUGUGCUGUGCGAUGCUGUGCUGUGCGAUGCUGUGCUGUGCGAUGCUGUGCUGUGUGAUGCUGUGCUGUGUGAUGCUGUGCUGUGUGAUGCUGUGCUGUGUGAUGCUGUGCUGUGUGAUGCUGUGCUGUGUGAUGCUGUGCUGUGUGAUGCUAUGCUGUGCUGUGCGAUGCUGUGCUGUGUGAUGCUGUGCUGUGCUGUGCGAUGCUGUGCUGUGCGAUGCUGUGCUGUGCGAUGCUGUGCUGUGCGAUGCUGUGCUGUGCGAUGCUGUGCUGUGCGAUGCUGUGCUGUGUGA